UACUUUGUCUAUUGCACAUCAUUCACUUGACUGAUCGUCAAAGAUCACACAAGAAAUUUUAUUCCUUAUUUCAUUUUAUAAUUCUUUACUUUAAAUUACGUCACAAUGAAUGAAAAAUAAGAUAAUAAUUGAGUAUGACUGAAAGAAAAAUGGAUGAAGGAAAGAUUACAGAUUCUAUGGCUUUUGAGGAUUUUUUAAAAGGAGACGUUUUGGUUUUACGAUGUAUGGGAUUGUCAUAUUUUAAUAGGGUAUUUUCUCAUAAUAAGGAAACUGAAAAAUGGUGGGAAAAAAUAAUUCCAUUAUGUGGUAUUUUGACGAUGUGUUUAUUAAUAUCUCUUGAAAUAAUAAAAGUGCUACGAGUAAUAGUUGUUGAUAUUACUCUUGCAACUGAAAUAUUGACCGCGAUGCUUUCGGGUAUGUUAUGUACAUUUAAGGCAAUAAGAUGUUGGACACAUCGAAAAGAACUAUUUGAUUUUUUACGACAGCUUAAAACAUUAUGGGAAUCAGCGGAUUCAAAUAAAUAUAUCACAGAAGACGUAUUAAAUAUAGUACUCUAUGCCAGAUCAUUUAGAAAUUAUUUGGCAGCUGUAGUGAUUUCAUUAGCUGUCAGUUGGGGUUUUCCAGCCUACAUGGUACUUGGUAAUCAUUUAAUAUUCCACAGAGAUGAAUAUUUUUUCAAUUUAUCUAUGAUAAUGUAUCCAGUCGCGUAUCCAUUUACGAUAAAUUCAUACUCAAUAUACUUUUCGUGUCUACUAUUUGAGCAAAUAGCUGAAUUAUUGGCUAUUGUUUUCUGGUUGUGCGGAGACGCACUUUUCAUUCAGUUAACGACACACGUUGGCGCUCAAUGCACGAUAUUAGUUAAUAGGCUGCGAGGUAUUAAUAAGGAUGGAAAUGGUUCCAAUAAUCAAGAAAACCAUCGACAGUUAGCAGAUAUUAUUUCGAUUCAUCAUAAAUUAUAUUUACACUACUGUUGGCUACAAAGAUUUUUCAACCCCAUAGUACUUUUUGUCACCCUAAUUAACGGAGCUAAUCUUUGUUUUUCUCUAUAUCGAGUUGAUGGGGAAAUAAACGAACGCAAUUGGAGUAAUCUUCUGAUAAAUGUACUCCACUUAGUUGCGGUUCUUGGACAAACAUUUUUGUACUGUAAACACGCUGAUGUUUUAACCCAAAAACUUGACGAAAUUAGUUACGCAGUUUAUUAUUGCGAUUGGACACAUUGUGAUAAGAAAUUUAAGACUAUGAUGCUGAUGAUAAUAAGACGAGCUCAAAAAGGAUAUCGCUUUACAAUUUAUGGAAUUAUAACGCUCGAUCUAAUGGAAUUUACAAAGAUUGUUAAUGCUGCAAUGAGUUAUUUUGCUCUAUUACGAAGUUUUGGAUAGUUUUGUCUUCAGAAUAAUUAUUGUUUUUUAGUUUGAAACUAGUUCUAAAACUGAUAGAAUAAAAUGUUAUUUACUAAGUAAAUAUUACUUGUUUAGACUGCACUCUCUGAAAAUAAAUCAAUGAAAAGUACAGCAUCUCAGUGAAUAUAACUGCGAACUGCUCCCAAAUAUAUCACUAAUUGAAUCAGUGAUAUACUUGGUACUGUU